GGAGGGGUCAAUCCGCGCCGGCGUGGGGUUGGCGCUGAGGCGGUCGGAGGUGGUUGGGGUUGGGUGGGAGGAGAUCCGCUCGCACACACGAGGAGGGUUGAGCGGCUGCCGCCGUUGUCGUCGCGAGUGCGGAGUUGGGACUGGAGCCUUCGCCGCGACGACGCCGGGGAUUGUGUCGCUAGCUCCCGGCCCCUCUACCUCGCCGCCUCGCCGGGUCAGCGCGGCCUGCUCCUGCCCGGCCCGUCGCCCCCGCCUCCAUUUCCCGCCCUCUCUUCACCACACACACGGCCCCCCCGAUCAUGGAUCCGGGCAGUGGCGGUGGCGGCGGCGGCGGCGGCGGGAGCAGCAGCGGCAGCAGCAGCAGCGACUCGGCGCCCGACUGCUGGGACCAGGCGGACAUGGAAGCCCCCGGGCCGGGCCCGUGUGGCGGCGCCGGCGGCCCCUUGGCGGCGGCGGCGGCGACGGCGGCGACCGAGGCCCAGCGUGAGCACCUCAGUGCGGCCUUCAGCCGGCAACUCAACGUCAACGCCAAGCCCUUCGUGCCCAACGUCCACGCCGCCGAGUUCGUGCCGUCCUUCCUGCGGGGCCCGGCCCAGCAGCCGCCGCCCCCAGCUGGCGCCGCCGCCCCCAACCACGGAGCCGGCAGCGGCGCGGGAGGCCCUCCGGCACCUGUGGAACCUUCUCAGGAGGAACAGUCAUUAUUGUGUGAAGGUUCAAAUUCAGCUGUUAGCAUGGAACUUUCAGAACCUGUUGUAGAAAAUGGGGAGACAGAAAUGUCCCCGGAAGAAUCAUGGGAGCACAAAGAAGAAAUAAGUGAAGCAGAGUUAGGGGGUGGUUCCUUGGGAGAUGGAAGACCCCCAGAGGAGGGCACCCAAGAAAUGAUGGAGGAGGAAGAGGAAAUACCAAAACCUAAAUCUGUGGUCGCACCCCCUGGGGCUCCUAAAAAAGAACACGUAAAUGUGGUAUUCAUCGGACACGUAGAUGCUGGCAAGUCAACCAUUGGAGGACAAAUAAUGUAUUUGACUGGAAUGGUUGACAAAAGGACACUUGAGAAAUAUGAAAGAGAAGCUAAAGAGAAGAACAGAGAAACUUGGUAUCUGUCUUGGGCCUUAGAUACAAAUCAGGAAGAACGAGACAAAGGUAAAACAGUAGAAGUGGGCCGUGCCUAUUUUGAAACAGAAAAGAAACAUUUCACAAUUCUGGAUGCCCCUGGCCACAAGAGUUUUGUCCCGAAUAUGAUAGGUGGUGCUUCUCAAGCUGAUUUGGCCGUACUGGUCAUCUCUGCUCGGAAAGGAGAGUUUGAAACUGGAUUUGAGAAAGGCGGACAGACGAGAGAACAUGCAAUGUUGGCAAAGACAGCGGGUGUGAAGCACUUGAUUGUGCUUAUUAAUAAGAUGGAUGAUCCGACGGUAAAUUGGAGCAACGAGAGAUACGAAGAAUGUAAAGAGAAACUAGUGCCAUUUUUGAAAAAAGUUGGCUUCAAUCCCAAAAAGGACAUUCACUUCAUGCCAUGCUCAGGACUGACGGGAGCAAAUCUUAAAGAGCAGUCAGACUUUUGUCCUUGGUACACUGGAUUACCGUUUAUUCCUUACCUGGAUAAUUUGCCAAACUUCAAUAGAUCAGUUGAUGGACCAAUCAGGCUGCCAAUUGUGGAUAAGUACAAGGAUAUGGGCACUGUGGUCCUGGGAAAGCUGGAAUCAGGAUCUAUUUGUAAAGGCCAGCAGCUUGUGAUGAUGCCAAACAAGCACAAUGUGGAAGUUCUUGGAAUCCUUUCCGAUGAUGUAGAAACGGAUUCUGUAGCUCCAGGUGAAAACCUCAAAAUCAGACUGAAAGGAAUUGAAGAGGAGGAGAUUCUUCCAGGAUUCAUCCUUUGUGAUCUUAAUAAUCUUUGUCAUUCUGGACGCACAUUUGAUGCCCAGAUAGUGAUCAUAGAGCACAAAUCGAUCAUCUGCCCAGGUUAUAAUGCGGUGCUGCAUAUUCACACCUGUAUUGAGGAAGUCGAAAUAACAGCCUUAAUCUGCUUGGUAGACAAAAAAUCAGGAGAAAAAAGUAAGACUCGACCCCGUUUUGUGAAACAAGAUCAAGUAUGCAUCGCUCGCUUAAGGACAGCGGGAACCAUCUGCCUUGAGACCUUUAAAGACUUCCCUCAGAUGGGGCGCUUUACCUUACGAGAUGAGGGUAAAACCAUUGCAAUUGGGAAAGUUCUGAAACUGGUUCCAGAGAAAGACUAAGCAUUUUCUUGAUGACCCUGCACAAUACUGUGAGGAAAAUUGACUGCAAAAGCCUACUUCACACCGCCUUCUCUUAUUUUCUGCCCAUUGACAAACUUCUUCCCGUAUUUUGCAAAGACAAAAAUCCACAGCAAAAGUCCACAUUAUGUCAGCUUUCUCAUAUUGAGAGCUCUGCUAUGCCACUGUUGAAUUUUCCCCCAGAUUUUUUUCCCCUCCCCUCCCAAACUCUGCUUCCUCGGACAGAUUUGGCAAUAGCUUUGUAAGUGAUGUGGACAUAAUUGCCUACAAUAAUGAAAACUUACAGGAAUUUUUUUAUUUUUCAUUUUCCCCUUAGGCAUACUUAGUCUUUUUUCCCCCAGGCAGAUGAUUCUGAGUGUGCGAGUGUGUGCACAUGUUACAGACAACUACCAUGUUAAUAAAAUAUUCAAUUUGAAAUCCUUUUCGGUAUUUGAAUUGCUUUUGAAUAAUGUUUUUUAUCUGGAUGUAACAUUGUUGCAUUAGCUUUUUAACUUACCAAGUAACUGAGUACAUUUUAUGACUUGGACUUUUCUAAACUCUUUCCCUACCCCACUACUUUAAAUGAGGCAUUUCCAAACGAUGCGCAAGUUUGUAUUAAAGGAACGCAUUAGUUUGACCCCUUCCUUUGAUGGUUAAUGCAUACGUCCACUUACAUACCUUUAUGGAGCUGGGACACUGCUUCAGUAGUAGGUCCGCCAGCUGUUUUCUGCCAAUUUAUAUUCAACGUGAUUUCUUAAACACAGUAAGUUGUUUUAAAGUGAAAGAGCAGCGUGCUGUAGUUUUUAUAAGUAAAACGUAAUGAAAUUGUACCCCUACAGAAAAUUCUAUUAACUUGUUAAAUUAGUGGGAUUUGCAAUAAAGAAAGCAUGUUGAGACCUGGCAGAAAUGCCUCCUUUAGUAUUCAUAAGAGCCGCAUGCAUCUAGUUGAAAACUGUGCCCAUUGCAAGUGCCAGUUCUGCAGAUUACUCCGUUUACUAUUUGUAUCAGUGAUUUUAAAGGUUGGAUGAUCCUUGCUGGUUCCAAGCUAAAUCUCAUCCAGCCACGAAAGGACACACAUAUUUAGAACCACCCGAAUCUGCACAGACUAAAGUUAACAGUGAUAAGUAGAAUCAAGCACAGUAUCGAAGUUUUUCUCAAUUAUUUGAAAUUGACUGUUUUCUUAAAUAUAAAGCUGAAACUUGCUAAACUGUUAUCUGGGUGAACCACAAUGGAGCAUUGUGGUGGUUUUUAAAGGCUGACUUUAUACUGUAACUGUCACGACUUUGAAGUUUUUAAUGAGAAUAAAUGGGAAAUGAAAAGCCACUUUCUGGGUUUAUUGGAAGCCCCCCCCCUUGAUUCCGAGGGCUGUUGCCAUUUAUCAGAGACUCAGCCUCUUUUAGAUUGUGGUUUAUCUAAAUAAGAUGCUUCGUAACUGUAUAUUUAAUGACACAUACCUUCCCUCAGAAAAGAAAAGCCUAGUCAGACUGUAUUUCCAGUCACAAAACAUAAAACUUGAUUUAACCCUGUUCUCUUAACUAUAGAAUUACCAUUCAUUUCAUGAAUGAGGCUGUAUCUUACGGACAGAGCAAAGUUAAUGUCCUACAUCUUCCUAUAAGUAUACUCAUGGCUAUUAAAUUGCAUGAAGUUUAGCUAAAUUUUAUUAUGUCAGCGAAUCUCUGGGCUUUUAUUUCUCUGGGAAAUCUGGGAGCUUCAUAAUCAGUACAUACGACUCUUUUUUUGUACUUCCAAGUUACUAGGAACAAAAUAGCAAUUGCUUGGAUUUUAAGGAAUCUUUAAGAGCUCAAGAGUUGUUGAAAUUAUUUCCAAAUAUAGAUUCCCAUUUUUAAAUUGAGCAUAUUUUUAAAAACCAGUUCUGUUUGCUGUUAAAACACUUAGACUUUUAGGAUAUUAUGUGCAUGUUGCCAAGACUCUUCCGCAGAAAGAUAUGGAUACCAACUGUCAAGGGCCUGCCUCCAAAACAGAAGAGAUAAUGAACACAAAUGUCAUUGUGAACUAGAGAUUUCAUUGAAUUUUUUUACACAUUUGUGCAAAUGAUCUAAUCAUUUAAAAGAACCCCCCCUGUUAAAUACGGACUUGGAAGUUCCUUGGGAAGUGUUCAUUCAGAGUUGAUGCAUUUUAAACUCCUCAUCACCCUGUCUAGUGAUGGGGAUGAGGAAAUGAAAUGUCGGGUGUGAACCGGCCACGUGUGGCGCCGGGCUCUGCAGAGCCGUGCAGAGCCGUGCAGGGAGGGCCCUGUGCUGUCCCCCGCCCUGCGAGCGUGUGGAUGUGGCUGGCCACGCGAAUGUACUAGGGUCAUUGGCUGCAGAUGAGGGUAAAACGGACCCAGACAUCUUUUCCUCCAGCUUUAGCAUAGAUACGUUCGAAUUACAAUGUUCUUCGUAUCUUCUUACAUUAAUGUUCUGUAUACAACUUUCAUGCUAGGCUAUUUAUAGUUUUUUUAAUUAAUGAACUGAAUUGAAGAGAAGGUGUUGUUGAAACAAACAUCUGAGGUAAUUGCCACUUUAAACUUUACUGUGGGGGAGGGGAAAGGACAGCAUCCAUUUCUUGUUUUUCAUUCGCAAAAGGGACUUACCCAGGGAAAAUCAAUGUGAAAUCAGACCCGGAGAGUUGGACUGAGGAUGUACUGCCGUGAUAGUGAGUGACGCAUAGUAAAGUGUUCUUGAAUACUUAAGCCCAUGUAUGUUUGUUUUGAAUGGAAAGUCUUGAAAUACGUGAAAUUGAAUGUAAACGCUUUGUAAAUUGUGAAAGUACAGGUGGUUCCCCGCAACAACAGGUGACUUGUCUGCUAGUUCCUCUGCGACAAGAACCGCGUUUUUGGUGUGGGACGGACUCUGCGGGGGGUGCCCUCCCACGCCCCGGCACCCUCUCUGCUCCAGUGCCACAGAUACCACGGCGCACGCCUUCCAUCCGUGCAGUUUUGCAGCCCAAGAGAAAGGCCAGCCUCUGGUCAAAAACUGCUUCCACGGUGGACUCUCGAGAAAAAUCUGCUAAAUUCCCUGGCAUCUCCCGGAAGACUGGUCACGAGCAUCACUGCCCCGCGGUCUGCGAUGACCGUCCCACGGGGCGGCACUUCAGCUCCUCUCCUCGGGGGCACGGACUUCCUCACAGACCGCCGGCCACAACGUGAGUGGGGGCUUUGUGGCUCUGGGGACGGAUUUCAGGCGGUCAAGGGGCAAACGGUUUUUCCAACAGCUCUCAACCUCAGGCAGCUCUGAACCUUGAGAAGUCAUCGCAGUCCUGGUUCCCGCCCUCCAGCGGCCUGUAGGACGGUUCAGUGUUCUGUACAGCGUUGGCCUGCCUUCUCAGAGUCAAGUGUGCCAUGAAUCCUCCCCCAGGCACGCAUGCGGGAGACCAUCAGCAGGAUUUAGGGGACAAUUUUCUGUCUCCGGAUUAACGUGGCUUCCAUUUCCUCCUGCUCAUUUCUCAGUGAUUCCAGCAAGAUGCCGUCUGAUACUCGUGCUUCGUUUCUUUAGAGGUCUGGCCACGGCAGCAGCUUGUUAAAUAAAUAAAUGUAAUUACACGUGCACAACUCAAAAGACACUUAUAUUAGCUAGGCUUAAAUUUAGCAGUCGGUUAUAUUAGAUUUCCUAGUAAGCGGAACAGGGACAGUUUUUCUUUUCCUGCGAUAGCGCAGUGGAUUCCAUGUGAACCAGUUUAUUGCCAGAAUUCAGGCUGGGGAGAGUGGUACAACUCGUGAUGGUUUUGGCUCUAGGAUAUUCUUGAUUUUCAGUAUCCUGGAACAUACUGAGUCUUCCCUUCAAUAAAUAACACGUUUCACAUACCUCUAAUCCUAUGCUUCCUUGAAACAGUACUACGCUAGCCAAGUUGUUUUACCAGGGGACGUUAUAAGGGCCCGGAGAUGUGAGUGGAGGUUAGAACCUUAACGUUCUCUAACAUAAGGGAAGAGCAGAUCGGCACCACGUCUGAUUAGGCAGAAGAUGAGCAUUUCUUAAGCAAGCCCCCCGGCAUGGGAACGGUCUUUUCUGCCUCACCACCCAUGCCACUGUGCCCUUCAGCACUAAACACGGAAACCUCAGGUUUGUGGACAGCGAAGGUAGAAUGACAUUUUGUGCUUCCUGAGGCUCCCCUCUGCCAGGCACAUUAGCUUAGUGCUCCAGAUGUCAGCCCAAGUCCCUGCUACCUCCUUUCCCGCCGCUGGGGAAGAGCGUGCGGAGCUCCGAGCCCCUCGUGGUCUCCACGUGCUCUCCGUGACAGGUCUGAGCCCGGAGAGGAAGGUCUCCAUAUUUUAAGGACUCCUACUGGGCUCUCGUAAAUCGACUCACCUCUUAGUUAACUAGUUCGUCUGUUGUAAAGGAAAUGUGGAUCUCUCUCAGGCCAGGACUUAGUGACUCGUUUUUACUAGAACAGCGUAGGUCAAUACCUAGCUCUUUUUUUUAAACCAAUGAAUUCAAGGGAACGGAGUAGCUCUGCUGGUGUUUUUAACCCAAUUCCAAAGCAUGGCAGAAUGCUCUAGGUAGGAACUGUGGGAAUCCAAGGUAAAGAAACCUUUUCUUAUGAUUUGUAGCUACCUACUGUGCCUGACUUGGUGCCUGUGUGAGGAUGAAGCCCUUAGCCGCUCUUGGAAUUACUCAAAUGACUAAAGUUAAAAGAAUUUGCUUUUGUAAUAACAAUAAAAAUUGUCAUCUUCCCUUUUGAA